AGAAGGUAUUACAAUUAAACACCCUAAGGCAGAGGUUUAUUGGAGAUUAUUAGGCAGUAAAUUCUAGAUUUCUUCCCUGUGCAAGUGCUUCCUACUUGUUUUGUGAAUUCCGUGAUCACCGGUUUCCAAGUUCAAGAUGGAUGCUCACAGGAUUGAUGGAGUCAAAUACGAGUGCUUGCUUUUUGAUAUAGAUGACACUCUCUACCCAUUGAGCUUAGGUCUCAAUUUGGCAUGUCGCAAGAACAUACAAGAGUAUAUGUUGGAACACUUGCACAUUGAAGAAAGUGAAGUGCCAAAGAUGUGCCUGGAUUUGUAUAUUGAACAUGGGACAACUAUGGCAGGAUUGAAGGCCCUUGGUUAUGAGUUUGACAAUGAUGAGUUUCAUGCUUAUGUGCAUGGAAGAUUACCAUACGAGAAACUGAAGCCAGAUUCAGUGUUGAGGAACCUUCUUCUUUCCAUGCCUCAGCGUAAAAUAAUAUUCACAAACUCAGAUCACAAACAUGCAGUUGAAGUUCUCAACAGAUUGGGCUUGGAAGAUUGUUUUGAAGGCAUCAUAUGCUUUGAAACUCUUAAUCCUCCCAACAUAGAUGUAUCAGAUGAUAAUCAUGUAACAGAGAGUGGACGUUUCAACUCCCACACACAAAUCCUCUGCAAACCUUCUGUGGAAGCCUUCGAAGCUGCGAUUCGGAUUGCAAAUGUGGAUCCUAAGAAAACAAUUUUCUUUGAUGACAGUACUCGAAAUAUUGCAAGUGCAAAGGUAGCUGGACUUCACACUGUUAUGGUGGGUCGUUCAGAUUUGGUCCCUGGUGCUAACCAUGCCCUGAACAGCAUUCAUAAUAUCAGAGAAGCAUUACCUGAAAUAUGGGAGGUUGAAGAAGACAGCCAACAGCAAAUGAUCCAAUCCUUAGCAGUGGAAGCUAUAGUCCUUGCAUAGGUUUUGCUUGGAUAAAUUAUCUAAGUAAACUUAUCAAGCAAAUCAAGAGUUUCUACCUAGCAGAGUUUUGUCUAAGUUUUCAAUAACUUUGCAAUUGCCUCCACAACAUCAUGAUUUUAAUUGUAUGAAUGACGCAAUUGGCAUCUUGAAAAAGAUGUGGAAACUAGUAUAUGCAAAUUGCAGAAGCAUGAAAUUAUAAGAGAAAAAGACAUUUACUGUGUUUA